UGUAUGAUUCCAUUCUAUGUCUGUUAAAUGUUUCCAAAGCUCAAAGCUCCAUAGACAUCCACCACCCAUAUACAAUGAGUGGGAAAGAAAAUAAGAUAGAGGAAGAGGAGGAGGAGACAAAGGUUGUUCACCAUUGGAGUCACGAGCAUCGACUUACUCUGGGGGAACCUCGUAUAGGAGAAAGAUUUUUUUGCUGUGGAAGGCGUUUUAAUGGAGGAGAGAAAGCUUAUGAAUGUAGAUGUUGGAAAAAUAUCGUAUUAGAUGAAGAAUGUUUGGGAAUGCCGAUGAAGAUUAGGCACGCAAUGCACCCACAACACAUACUCACUCAUCAUGUAUUCAGCUAUGAUGAAUACUAUCUCGGAACACUCACAGGAAAGUUGUGUGCAAUCUGCGAAAGUUCUCUUAUCAACCGCCGAAGUUUUGGUACCAACACGGAGGGGAGCAUAUUCUACAAAUGUACGAGGGCAGAAUGUAGGCUGUGGAUGCACAUGAGAUGCGCGCAGGGUAGUGACAUGAUGUACGAUGCAGACGAUGAUGAUGACGACGAGCAACAUCGCACCAUAGAUCAUCCGAGUCACCCCAAACAUGGAUUGAAGUUGGUGAGGAGGAGUUGUCGCUUCAAGUGCGAUGCUUGCGGCAUCACACGUGGGGUGAAAUCCUACAUGUGCUGCAUAGCUAAUUGUCAGUAUUGGAUCCACAACAGUUGCUCAUCGUUGCCUCAAGCCAUCGAAAGCGAAUACCACUCUCACUCACUCUCUCUCUCUUUUCAUGUCCCACCUUCAUAUAUGAGAAGGGACUUGAAAUGUGAUGUGUGUAAAAAAUAUUUACCGUUUAAAUAUUGGAUAUAUCAUUGUGAGCUCUGCAGCUAUGUUGUCCAUCUCAACUGCGCCUCCAACGCCACUAGAUAUGAGAAAGGAAUGUUGAAGUUCCCAAUAAGUGAUGUGGGUGAGGAGCUAAUUGGAGGUUUCAUAAAGAGAGAAGGAGGAGCUAUAUCAAUACCUCAUGAUGAUGAAGAUUAUGAGUUCCACGAUCACAAACUAAGAUUAGUUUCAUCAUCUCCAAAAGAAGAAGAAAAUUGUGAUGAUGGGAAAGAUCAAGAAUCGGAAUUAAUAUGUGAUGGGUGCAUUACUCCCAUAUUCGGCUGGAAGCAGAGACCAUCUUCAUCAUCAUCUUCUUCUUCAAGUAGUAAAGAUUACUACUAUAUGAGUUGUAACAGUGGAUGCAAUUACAAUGUUCACAUAGAGUGCUUCCACUUGCCAUCUCGCCUCCCCUCCAUUCCACUCCACCACGAAUCUGGUCACCGCCUGAUUCUCAAAUCUCCUCACACAUCUCCAGAUAUGGAGUGGAAGUGCGUGGUGUGCUCUCUCGACUCAAGUGGGCUAUUCUACGCUUGUACAGAAUGCGAGUUCAGAGCAGACAUCAAGUGCGCUUCUCUGCCGGCCACCAUAUAUCACACGGCUCACCCAGAACAUCCCCUCUACUUUCAAUCUGGCGGGGGAGUAACUUACUGUGAUGCUAUGUGUGGUGACUACAUAUACGAUUAUAACUGUUACGCGUGUAGCAGCUGUGAGUUCAUUGUGCACGUUCGAUGCGCUGUGCUGGCAGCAUCAAUCACCAGCCGUAGAUGGGACAAGCACCACCCACUGCUAUUGACGUACGACGCCAAUCCCAACCAUCAAGGUGAAUCAAUCUACUGCGAUGCAUGCGAAACAGCAGAAACGAAUCCUAAGAGGUGGAUGUAUGACUGCCGCCACUGCGAUCUAUCCUUCCAUCCCCGCUGCUUGAAAUCCACAUCCGGUGAGUAUAGAAACAUCAAGUUGGGAAAGGAGUAUGUGAUUAUUUCUGCGGCAGUUCACCCACCACACCCUCUCGUCCAUCAACUUCUCACAAAACGCCGCUGCGACCUUUGUGAUAAGGAUAAGUAUGAACGGCCAGGAUUUCACUGUGCAUCAUGCAACUUCAGCAUUUGUACUUACUGUGGUAUGCAGUCUGCAAUUACAUGUCUCGAAGGCGGCUACGUCAAGGCCCUCCCGUACUGAUGUUUUUCUCUCACCGCUUUUUACUUCUCAACGUUGGAGUGUUUGAUGUUUGUUUGAUCAAUUUGAUCCUAUGUUGUGGUGUUUGUGAUGUCUUUUAUCUUGUUCUUGUUUCUAAUGUCUGCAUUUAUACAUAGCC